UGCUUAGGGCGUGGUGGCUGUGGAUAAAGGCAGGACUCAGGCUAAGCAGCCCACUCUCCCGGAACCCGAUCCUCUGCGCAGCCUGGGAAGCAUACAGCCCAGUGAAUUUCAAGGCCAGGCUUCCUGCCCUGGGGUGAGCUGUGUACCCUGGGUGGGGAGCAGAGUAGCAGGAGAUUGGGAACCAGAGGCCUCCGGGGGGCCCUGCUGAAGCUGAUCGCUCUCCCCAGACCCCACCAGGCCAGCGAUCGACAUGCAAGAGGUGGUCCUGAGCCUGCUCAGCCUUCUGGCAGCCCUGCCUGCCUUGGACGCCAACGACCCAGAAGAUAAAAACAGUCCUUUCUACUAUGACUGGUAUGGCCUCCGGGUCGGCGGGCUCAUCUUCGCAGGGAUUCUGUGUGCCAUGGGCAUCAUUGUCCUCAUGAGUGGGAAAUGCAAAUGCAAGUUCCGACAGAAGCCCAGCCACCGUUCAGGAGAUGCCCCACCUCUCAUCACUCCAGGCUCUGCCCAAAACUGUUGAGAAUGGAUCAGCAGAAAGAGCUCCAAGGACUACUCUUCCCCCAAGUUCUGGCUCUGCAAGGGAGCCUGAACUCCAGGAUGGAAUUCUCCACUCCCUCCUCAGACCGCCUGGCCAGGGCUCCAUCUCACCUCUCCCUGGAGGGGUCUUGGUUCAGUUUUUACUCUAAAAUGAUUUUGCCUCAUACCCAA